UCCAAUGAUGCCGAUGAUGAACCAACAACAGAGCAACAAGGUCAAAAUUUCUCGUUCAGAACUCUGGAACCAAAAACGUGCCAAAUUUCUGGAACAACACGGCGGGUCGUCGUCAAGCAGUACCUCAAAUAAUCAUGUAGUUAAGGCUUACCCUAAUGCAUCUCCGGAAGCUGCAUAAGUACCCAAGAGGCUUCUCAAGGGGAAUAGGCACCUAGGAUCAUGCGUCUCGGGAUGGAUUAUGGUGAGCUCUAACGUAGCUCCUGCUACUGCACCUCCACAGCAUCAACAAGGAGAGCAGUUUGGGAACGGUGAUAUGAUCCGCAAUCUGGCUGCUCAGGAAGUGGUUUAUCCACCUAUGGACCACCGUGGUCCACCUAUGGACCACCAUGCACCACCUGCUCCGCCACAAGCGCCGCAAAAAUCAGAACUAGAUGUCCUGCAUGAGCUCGGUGACCGAAAAUUUGGAAAAGGAAAGAGGACAACAAGACCAGGACAGCAAGUACAGCAAGUACACGAACAUCAAGGAAAUCCAAACCAGCGCGGAGCAGGAGGUGGUGGUCCUUUUGGUUCCGUGGUGCCUGGAAUUGCUAUCAACGGGAAUUCAGCUUCGGAGCAGCAUCGACAGCACCAGCACAUUUAUCCUGAAAGAGAAGACCACGAAGAUGAUGAAUAUCGGAGGAAACCGUCUAGAGAUCGUGCCGCAGGUCAGAGAAGGGGCAAUCAAGAUCAAAAUUACGACCAAGAUCGAACACCUCCACCGCCAAGACGAGAUCUAGAUCAAGAAGGACAGCAGCUUCAUCGAGAUGAACAAAAGAUGAAGAAGCCGAGUAGAACUCCUCAACAACCUCCCGUCUCAGCACGUGGAGGUGGUGGUUUGCUUGACCUUGGUGCAACCUAUGAGCAGAAGAAACUCGCUCUACGGAAGCAACAGCAAGCAGAGAUGCGAGCCGAGAUGCAGGAACGGCAAAAAAGCACUGGAAAACAGCAAGGUCCUGGACCUGGAGCUCAUUUAAGGAAAAAACACAGACAGCUAUCACACUCUCCAGAACGAACGCCGCGUGGAGCCUGGAGCCCAGUAGGGAACAGAAGCAAUGCCAGUAUCUCGAAUUCAGCGGCUUUUUCUCCUGACAAUCAGGACCAGUACUUUGAUGGCGGUGGAGGUGGUCGAGGGAGGCAAAGGCACCUACAAGAAAACAGGAAUGCCUACUACAAGAACGAAAAUGAUGAACGAGAUGAUGCUCGUCGGAAUACGUCGAACAAUAAACAACACCAUCAAAAGAGAAGUCAUUAUACAACAGGAGGUGGCCAACAUCGUCACCAAGAAGAUCCUCGUUCUCCUAACAACCUCGACCACGGCGAUGAAGUUAAGGGUUUCCGAAUUACAUCCCUCACUACCAUCCUUGGCUCCUUUUCAAGGGCGAAAUAGGUCAAGGAUGUUCUGAAGAAUGCAAUUCGGCAACCUCUAAGGAAGAUGAUGCUGAUGACUUCGCUGGUGGCAACAUGUUUGACGUAUUGGGGCAAAAGCAGAAAGCCAAGGAGGAGAAGUUGCGCAGACAACAAAGAGAGGAAAUGCGACGGGCAAUGCGAGCUGAGAGCGAAGCGUCUCCUCUAAAGUCGGCUCGUAGUCGGAAUCGGAUGAAGCAGGAGAGAGCAAGACAGAAAAACAAGGAUGAUGGGUUUUAUGGGCGAAAGGAAUAACUACAAGGAUUUGAUAUUCCCACGUGACGUCUCUAGAUUGCAGGGUAGAUGAUCAUGAUGAGCAAACAUGAUAAAAUUUUUUUUUCUACUAGUUCAUCUGCAUCUCUGUAUCAAUUUAUAAAUUCAAUGUAACCAAGUACUACACGCUGACGCUCAAUCUCAUCUUCUAGUUCUAACCCCUCUUCGACAAUCUUGGUGAUGCUGCACGCGAGCGGCAUGAGAGGGCGCUGAGAGAGCAGAGGAAAGACUUCCAGCAGUGGGUCCGAGACGAAGGAAAUCAACGUGGCAGCCGAAGUCCACCACGCAGUCCAGAAUUGUGGCGAGAUCGAGGAAAGUCAGUGGAAGAGGACGAAUUAGUCGGAGGAGGAAACUUAGCCAUUGGCGGAGAAGAUGCCGAUAUUAUGACUCAUGAUCAUCUGUUGUGCGCAUUAAGAACACGAUAAUGGAAAAAAUUUUGUAGACGGAGUAGGAGUGGUCACAUUUUUGUCUUUGGCAACACAAGUUGCGUUGCUUCUAUCGCGCUCGCGGGGUGUCGUCUACAACUUUAAUUGUCCUUGUUCACUUCUAAUCCAUGCAAGAAGCGGCGCGAACUCCAGAAGCACCGAAUGGAGAAGUACGCGCGGGAACUUAGCGAGCAACAGGAUGCCAUAGCCAGACGAAAAGAGCGGGAGAAGCGUCAAAAAGGCGAGCCAGAAUGGUGGGAGAAGCGACAAGGAGGCGCUCCAGCAGGAGCAGUGGGGCCAAUCACAAGUCCAGAAAAGAGCGCGCGAGAGCGUCGAAGGCAAGUGGACGUGGACUAUGGAGAAGAACUACAGCAGCAGAUAGCAGACAAGCAAAAACGCUUAGCUGAAGAAGAACGACGCAGAAAGCAACCAGAGUGGUGGGAGCAAGGUGGCGCUGGCGGAGCUGGUUUAGGUAAUAUCGGAGGGGGAGGCAAAGGUGGGGAUGAUGGACGUGGAGCUGGACGAGGAAGGAGUGGAAGAGCGCGGGUCAAUCUGGACGUUCCUCCUGAAAGCCUACAGCACAAUAGAAGUGUGUCUCCAGAAGUGAGUAGGAAUAUCAGCACGCCUCCACUUCAUCAAGCAACUGCUUUACAGCCUGCUUUCGUAUACGGAGAUACUGAUGUAGGAUCUGCACCCGGUGGACGAGGAUUUCCACCAGGUCCAAAUCAAGACUCAAGUACAUCACAAAGCACUGGAUCUGCCUUUGACAAGGUCAAGGCCGCACCACCACCCGCAGCCUUUGGAAGCAUGGACCGAGGCAGUGGUGCGAAACAAGACAGAGCAGCUAUGUUGGAAGCUAGAAGAAACAGACGCUUAGGUGGACCACCUGGACAACUAGCAGACUCAUCUAGUAUGUCGAAUCAGCCAACAUCAAGCGGACCAGCACAGCCUCUUCCUGUCCAUCAUGAGACCUCCUUCCUUGGAGGAGGUGAUGAAGGAGAAACAAUGGGUAACGAACAAUUAGUACCAAGCUACAACGACACGAUGGAUAAUCCGUAUAUUAGAGUGAGGAAUAACGAUCUCUUGUGGGGUGAUCCACCAUUUGUUAGUACAUUUGGGGCACCAGGAACAGGAGGUGGAGGUCUACUGUUAAACAAUAACAAUGUUGGUGACGCCGUUGACCCAUUAUCUUCAGCAGCUUCUCCAAUGUCACCGACUGGUCCAGAGGAUGGGUCAACAUCAGGGGCUUCUCCUCCUGGAGGAUCUUCAGAUCCUCGUUUUACCAACAUCAACGUAAACCAACCAGCUCCAAGUCCAACGAAUAUUACGAUACAACAAGGAGGAGGUGCAGCAGCGGCUAAGGGUUGUUCAUCUUCCGGAUCCGGACAGCGAGGUGGAGAUGACAAGAACAAGGCUUUCUUGGAGAAGAUUUUCACAGACCAGCAGAAAUGCGCUAACGAUCUGUUGUCAGAGCAAACGCGCAUGUUCGCUAACCAGAUGCAGAAGGAGUGCGAAAGGCUUCGUGAUGAGAAGGAAGACGCACUAAAGGAUCUGUUUGAGAUGAAGGACAAACUCCUGUUGCAAAAAGAACGCGAAUUACGCUUGAUGGAGAACCAAUUGCGACUUCAGAGAGGCGAACCACCUCUGCCUCUGCCAGUAGAAGUCGUUGCUGGAGGUGGUGGUGGGGGGUUACAGCCACGACAGUCAGGAGAGCUGCAGGAUCCUGUGACCACUGCAGUAAGUCACUUACCAAGACGUACCGGAAGUCGAUCUCCAGAACGUCCUCGCAUCUACUCCUCGCACUUGGAAUUGCCUGAGUUUGAAGGAGUGACGCGGAGGAGUGGAGAGGCGUUUUCUCCUAGUGCUGAUAAGGGUCAAAAGUUGCUCGAUAGCGGUUUGCUGGAAGAUAGUAGUGGUCGUGGUGGUGCUGUUGUAAGGAGUAGUACUGUAGUUCGCGAUCCAGGAGGUGGAGUCGCACAGACCCCUGACUUUGACGGUGCUAGUGGAGUGGUAGGAAGCAGUAGUAUAAUUGGCAAACCUAUAGUACCUAACAACAUGAACAAUAUGCUCCUCAACAAUAGUGCUGGACAGCUACUCCCAGACCCUUCAGGUGGAGAUUAUCGACCUAUCACUCCUGCUGUCCGACAGUCUUUGCAAUUUGAUGAAUCACUCGGCUCUCACAUGGAGGCAUCGAUGAAGGCUGAAUCCAAACUCGUUCGUCCCAACGAGAACUAUCCUCCUCUACUUGGCGAAACCUUUGUCGGAGCGGGUGGAGGUACAGGAGGACCUGUGGGUGGAGCAACUGACAACUCGGGUCCCUCCAAUGUUUUACCCGGUGCUAGUCUAUUUCUUGAAGGUCGUGGUCCCGCUUCUGGCCGCCUUGGCGGUGUCGUGGGUGCUUCUCCUUCUAUGCAAACGAAAGAUGCUUCGCGGGAGUCGAUUGUGAGAGGGUCUGCUGUUGCAGAAGCAGAACAAGGUGGUACUAUUGCACCGGGCUUUUUGGCCUCGUCGGAGGCUGGAGAUGCGUCGCCGGUACAAAUCGUAGCAGGAGCGCGAAACAGAACAUCCAUAGACCUUACUAGUAGAGGAGACCCUCUUCUAGCAGCUUCGACGCGUUCAUCUUUGGGGAACAACAUAAACGUUCCUCAACAACUGAUGGACAGCCGUACAGGUUUACCUGUUGUGCUUGAGAGCUUACAACGUUCCGCGGACGACUUCAUUUCUGCCGACGGCCGACGACUGUCUGUUGCGGACUUGCUGAGAGACGGCGGCGAAGUCUUAGACACAGAGGGAAGGCAUAUACCAGUCGAGGCAGCUCCAGUUGAUGUGGUCGUAGGUCCCCGUGCAAUCGCCACUGCUAGCACAGACACUUCAGGAGGCGACAUGUUUUUCGAGGACAUCAAUGGUAAUGUUGUUGCAGCACGCAACUUGCGGAUCAACAACGACGGCUUUUUCGUCGCCGCCAGAACGGGAGGACCUGUUCAUGGCGCAGAACUGAGUCGAUGGGGCGGUGAAGUCUUGGACCUUCAUGGACGACCAAGAAAGAUCAAGGGACGCGAGCAGACCUCUUAUGCGGAUGACGAAGGCCGCGGAGUGCCUCUUGCGGUGCUGCAGAGGAGUGGAACGGAUUUCGUUUCCGCCUUCAGCGAAGCGCCGAUCUCAGCUCGAGACUUGAAACGGACUGGAGGACUAGUUUUGGAUGUCAAGGGCGACGCAGUGCAAGUGAGACCGAUAGCACUUAGUGCGGCAGGAACGUUUGAGGAAGAACGCGGAGUACCUCUAGAUCCUCACAAGAGAUCUUCUACAACUUUUGGUCUAGCUCCUCUAGCCAACGCCUCCGAAGUAACUGCUGCAUUGCAGAACGACCCGUCUGUGCUAGAUUUGCGUUUCGUCGAUACGAAAACGAAGGCGGUGAUAAAACCGGAAACUUUGCUGCUAAAUCGUGGUGUCGCUUCGAGCAGUCGUGUUGAUGCAGCUGUCUUUUCUGGCGAACCUACUUCUCCGACCUUAGCAGCUUCCUCCAACGAUGAAAAAGGAAAGCUAACUGCAACCGCAGUUGAUGGCACUUCAGUGCCGUUAGCUGAGCUCUCACUUUAUGGUGGCACUGUGCGAUCCGUGGAUCCGUCACGUCCUAAUGUUGCUGUUGCUGGUGAAGUAAAAGCUUGGCCGAUUUUUACGAGUAAUGAUGCAUCUGAACAACCAGCAAGCAUCAACCCUUUGGGCGCGAACUCGUUGCAGAGGCUAGGGUCUCAUUUCGUUGGAACUGACGGUUCGCACGUUAGCGGUGAUGACUUAGUUGAAUUCGGUGGAGAUGUGCUCAAAACGGAUGGAACUAGUGUCACCAUCGCCCCUGUCGAUGCGAUCACACGUGCCUCGAUCGACGUGGAACAAGGAGGCGAGUUCUCAACGCUUUUGAAGAGGGCAAAUGAAAUUGUGGCAGCUCGCGCAGCAAGUAAGACCAGCGCCGUGGAAGCUCGAGGCGGAAUCAAGGAUCCAUCUUCUUCCAUUACUCAACAUCCCACAAGCAUCCUCGACGUUCUAGCUCCCGAAGAUCUCACCUCAUUAAAACGUCGCGGUACCGAUUUCGUAGCUCCGGAUGGUUCUUCCGUUCCAGCAUCGCUUCUAGCAGCUUUUGGCGGCGAAGUCGCUUCUCGAAGAACAGAAGGCACCCCGAACCCGAAGCCAAUACAGGCGAGACCUCCUAAACGGCUCAACCCUGACGGAAAAAGCAAACGUGCAAAGCUGAAGACAGUGGACGGAUACUCUAUUCCGCUGGAAGAGCUGGCCCGUAGAGGCGCGGAUCUUGUCGCGAUUGACGGCUCUGCUUGUCCAGUAGUCGAGGUUUUAGCAUUUGGGGGUGCGGUUUUGGACACAGCAGGAGACGCGGUUACGCUUGUGGCGGAUCCAACGCAGAUUCCGGCUGAAGUGACUACUACUAGUUGUAUCUUGGACGAGAAGAGUAGAAGUCGUGGUCCUUCAGCAUCAUCUUUGCCAUCGCCGUCGUCAGCGCGCUAUCAAGUCCCAUCUGCCAUCGUGCUUGCUGCCGAAUCCCAGCUUGAGGAUGCAGUGACCGCACGGCCAAUAGCAUUGACCGAACUGGCGAGAGUUGGGCCAAACUUUGUAAGCGCCUUUGGCCGCAGUGUCGUUUCAGCCGCAGAACUGCUACAGUAUGGUGGUGAAGUGUUGGACACGGAUGGAAAGCCUGUUUUAGUAAAAGCCGUGCGGCCGGUUCAACAUAGGAAGAAGAUUACUACAUCAUCUUCUGGCAUUGUAGUUGAUCAACCGCAGGCAACAGCCUUGAUUAUGCUGAAGAUCGAAGAUUGUGACUUCCGUCUCUUGCAGCACGAACGCGUAGAAGUUCCACUCGCUCAGUUGCAACGCAGAGGAACGGGCUUCGUUGCGGCUGACGGGACAGGUGCAAGCGUUCCAGCGGCCGGCGUUGCUAGAUUUGGUGGAGCACUACUGGAUACCGAAGGACGAACUGUUCUCGCUCUGCCGAGUCGAACGGGAACCGAACAUGGCCUAGACGAGGAUGGAACAACACUCCGAAAAUUCUCUUUCGCCAACCGACCUUUGCGCCGUCUCAGUAACGGGAAGCCUGUUGCUGUAGAAACCUUGCAGCGUGCUGGUGCGGACUUCAUUGCUGCAGAUGGAUCACGUGUGCCACCUGCGGAUCUCGCUGCUUUUGGCGGGCAAGUGCUAGACGAGGCGGGCAGCGUGGUGGAAGUCUUGAGUUCCCAAGAAGACCUUGAUGAACUUCUUGAGGGUGAAGAUGAUGAUCAUGAUUCCGAUCACGAAGGUGGUCCAAGGAGGAUCGACAGUAAGUCCUCUCGAGGUACAGUUGAGUCUUCUUUGAUGGAUACGGGAGGUGAAGGAAUGGGAAUCUUCUCUGCCACUUCAAAGCUGAGAAGGAAGCCAAGAAACACUUCGUCGAAAGUACCACAUUCCAAACCGGAAGUCGAACUUAUCGAUGCCAGAACGGGAGAAGCUUUGCCCUUUCGUUCAUUGCAACGAAGUGGGGCAGGAUUCGUGGCCGCUGAUGGGACCUUCGUGGCAACAAGAGACCUCGCUCGAUUCGGCGGAGAGGUGCUUGAUGUGGGUGGUCGUAAAGUACGCCUCCAAGCAUCGGCAGCUGAUUUUAUGAAACAAUCUGCAACAGUAACCAAGUCUCCUAGUACAGAACAACAAGUAGUAGUACCAAUAGCAUCACUAAAGCGAGUCGGAGCAGACUUUGUCUCCGUCGACGGCAAGAGAGUCGGAGGUGCGGAUCUCGUCGAGUUCGGAGGUGAGGUCCUUGUGGACAAGCCAAUGCCUGGUGAAGCUACUUCUUUCGUGGUUCGUCCUGCUGGGAGGGCGGCUGAUGCGCCAGUGUUUCAGAUCGUUGUGCGAGGAGAUGAACCGAGAAGUGCUACACAGCCCUCAGGUGCGCAGACGAGCAGCAAAAACAAAACAAAGUUGCUUUCACUUCAAGACCUCCAACGAAGCGGUCCAGAUUUUGUCGCUCCUGUGUCGAAAGAUGCAAUCUCCGCAAAGGAUCUGAUACGCUUUGGAGGUGAAGUUUUGACUUUGGAGAGCGAGUCCGUUCUCGUCAAACCCUUAACCGGUAUUGCAGAGUUGCCGAACAAUUUCUCUUCCAUCUCGCCGACAACAAAUAAGAAAGUCAAGAUACCGAUUCAAAACUUGGUACGAAUAGGCACUGACUUCGUUGCCAGCGAUGGCACUAGGGUGAGCCCACAAGAACUUCUGCGCUGUGGAGGUGAAGUCUUGGCUUACAGUGAGUCUAGCACUGCAGACGCUGCUGCUGAAGUAGGUGGAAAAACUGAAAUAACUAAAACUCUUGCUCCACCAGAAAGACCACGAGGACGAGCAAGAACCACAACUUCAUCACCCGUAACCCUCCUACCCCAAACCACCGCGAUACAGCGGGAACGACUCGAGAGAUUGCUUGUUGACGCUGCAACUGGUAAAGACUUUGUGCCGUUUGGAUCCCUCAAACGACUGGGUACGGCAUUCGUAGCUAGAGACGGACGUGCGGUCCCGUUUGAGGAUGUCGUAGCGUUUGGUGGAGAACUUCAGACCACUAAAGACAGUACUACAAGUGGAGUCGGGACUGACAAUGUCGGAGCGGGAGUUGGACAUGGAGAUGGUCCUGCUCAUGUGAUUCGCGUGAAGCCAUCGCGGUCUCGAGAAACCUCGCAGGUUUCACAUCUACUGCCCAUUCCGGAGGAUCUGCCACUAGAAUUUGAGUCGUCUGAGGAUGAUGAGGAACAUCAACAUCCUCCAGAUGAUGAGGAGAAGAGUGAAGAACUCGUCCAAGAACCAUCCUCAAUCCAUCUAGAAGAUGCGCCUCUAUCAGGAACACGAGAUGUCCUUCAAGGUCCCCUCAGUAGAAAUAAGAGCAGAGAAGACAAGAAAAAGAAGAAGACAACAUCGACAUCGAGUACUAAAUCUACUUCAUCCUCGAUUCCAGUUUCGUCUCUGAAACGAGAUGGUACAGACUUCGUCGCAGUUGAUGGCUCAAGGGUGGACCCAAGAGAGCUAUUUCGCUACGGUGGCGAAGUUUUGGAAGUCGAUGGGAAGACUGUGCUCAAGGUUGCUCCUGUGCUAGGAGUUCAGGCCAGCACAGGCGUUCAGCAUCUGCCGGGCGGGGGAAAAAAAGGCGCACAUCAGCCUCCAAAGAUGGACAGCGCAUUCUUCAUAGUUGAUGAUGACACUACCACUAGAAGUAGUGCAAACAGCAAAGGGCCAGCUUCUCCAAUUUCAUCUUCAAAGCUCAAAGUCCGUCCAUUCGCCUUCAGAGCAUUGCAACGUCGAGGUGCUGACUUUGUCGCAAGCGAUGGAAAAUCUCCAGUCUCGGGACGAGACCUGGAGAGGUUUGGCGGGGUAGUCCUAGCCGUUGAUGGAAAGCGGAUUACGGUAUUACCUCGGAUGCUUGAGGCGGAGUUUCAGACUUCUGGCGCGACAACUACUACGCCGUCUACUGGAGAGGAGGGCUCUACUCGUACAGACCUCCUACCGGCUCUCAACCUCAAGACAUCUGCUCUUUCUGAAGCCGCAUUAGUCUUGCCGCAUCUUCGACGACGUUCUAAAACAGGCAUUGACUUCAUAGCCAUUGAUGGAAGCACGGUUCCUGCUGCGUCGUUGUUCAAGUACGGAGGAGAGGUUGUUGACGUUGCUGGUCGCCGCGUCUCUGUUCCACCUCUCAUGACUUCUUCAACUGGUGCGGGAAGAAGCUUUCCUCAAGCGAGUGAAGACGGUACAGGUACUGGCUCUGGUCGUGAAAUUUCCGCUAUGAAUCUGCAGAGGAUCGGCGCUGACUUCGUCCGCCUAGACGGGUCUCGCAUUGCGCCAGCUGAGCUGAUAGCAGUUGGAGGAACUGUUGUUGACGUAGAUGGGCAUCCAGUGCAGAUUUCACCAAGAAAUUUUGGAGUUGAUCAAUCUUCAGACGUGUUAUCUCUGGAUCAACAAAAGGACAGAGAGACCGAGAAGAAACUAUCCGUACUGCGGAGGCUGCAAAGACAAGGCAACGAUUUGGUUUUAGCGGGAAGGGGGCGAUCAGGUGUUGAGACGAAAGAAGCAACUAGUAUUGUUCCCAUACUAGAAGUAGAAGUCCGACGAAAAGGUGGAAGCGUGCUCUUAGACGAUGGUCGCGUAGUCACUUUUGUGACACCUGAGGAAAGGGGCUUGCGUAGGAGUAGAACAGGGUCCUCCUCUAGUGCUUCUAAAGCCUUUGUCAUGGAUGCGGCGGAUCUAGAUGAGCUCUUGGUAGUCAACAAAGAUGUACCUCGAGCACCCAAGACGAAAACAACAUCUAGAAGUACAUUCUUCGUCGACGUAAGUGGAAAACGGAUCCCGACGAAGGAACUCCAAAAAGCCGACUCGCUUGGCGUCGAUUUGCUUUCGCCCACAGGCAGACGGAUCUCUCCCGAGCGGGCUGCACAAGUCGGCGGCCGAGUUCUCGAUGUGAAUGACAAUAUUGUGUCUUUACAGCCUCAAGGGAGUGGAAAAAUAGAGGCCGGAAGCGGUGGAGAUGAUCCCCUAUAUGAUGCACAGACUGGCCGUUUAGUUCCACCACGAACUCUACAGAGAGAUCCAGUAAGCGGGGACUUCGUUGACGAAUAUGGCCGCACGAUCCCACCACGAGUGCUGGCACAGCGUGGAGGCACUGUAUUGGACAUCAGUGGUCGAAACAAGGUGACUCUGAGACCCCGCGAGAACGAAGAAGUGUUUGUUCUGAAGGAUGGGGGGAAAAUACCGAAAAGCAACUUGCAGAGAUGGACAGGAGGUGGAAAGGAAGAAAGCAGAGCAAAAGAAAGAGGAGAAGAAUUACAACAAUCGUCAAGCUCUACUCCUCGUCCCCAGAAGGUGUUGCCACCCUUCAUAGAUGUCCGUGGUCGUCCAGUUUCUAUCGCCUCAGUGGCCGAACGCGGAGGCGAGGUCCUCGAUCGGAAUGGCGCAGCUGUACUCAUCCAACGGGCUGCUAGAUACGACGGCGACUUUGUAACCGUAGAUGGGAAGCUCAUUAGUACCAAAGACUUGGUUUAUGGACUAGAAGAUCACGUAGGAGAAGGAGGGUCGUCUUCAGACAGGGGUAGAUGGCAUCGAGAUAGACCAUCCUCUGCUUCGAGUUCAAGGUCGCAAAAACCUACGGCCGCAUCCCUGAAGCGAUUAGCAACUAAAGGUGGGAAAGUGGAGAUGAAGUUACAACCUCUACUAAAGGCAUCUUCUUCUUCAUCGUCGACAUCUACCACGGUCACGCCAACCUCUCGCCGUCGCAAAAGCCUGGAGACAGCUCCAGUUGAGGUGUUGCACAUCUUGCGAGAGGAAGGCCGCCAGACCUUCGUGGACGCGUCAACAGGAGCUCCGAUAUCUACAAGGGAACUAAAGCGUGACGGAACCGCAUUCGUAGACGCAGAAGGGCAGCCGAUUUCGAGUACGGAGAUUAUACGCAAACUGCAAAAGGGAGGAGCAGGAGAUCGAGCAGGAGUAUCAAUAGCAGGUGGCGCAGGUGGUGGCGUGCAACUUCUUCGUGCGGAUGGGCCAGGAGCUGCCAAAGGAAGUGGUCCGAACAUCAUAACCGUCCAACUCAAUCGGAAAUCGGUUCAACAACAGCCCCCGACGAAUAGCUCUAGUACUGGUGCAACUGCUAUUAAGGCCAGCUUUUAUCCUUAUCCAUCUUUCUCAGCAUCUUACUUGGUACCCUUUUAUUUCCCUUGUAUUCUCAUGAAAUACAAGGUACAAGGGGUCUUUAAGAUGAGGGGGCCGAGAUGCAAUCUAGCAGACUCUAACUCUACUUCUCCUGCUCCUGUAGUACCUUUCACCUCCAAAUCUUGGAACGACGAUGCCAUCUUCACAGAUGUGUUCGGCCGAGCAGUUUCUGUGCGAGACCUUGCGCGCGAACGAAUCGGCUCAUUGACCUAUUUUAUGAGGCCUUUGGACGAAAUUGCUAGGGAAGAUGCUGCUUUGAGCAGUGCGUCCGAAGAUGGUCUUGACCUUGGCGGUAAGGACCCUUCUGCUGCCUCUAGUCCUAGUACUAGAGCUAACAACGAACUGAAACGUCGACGCCGGUCGUCCUUGAUCCAGCAGACUUACGGAGUAGUGGACAUAGCGCGUUUGGAAGACGGUCGGCGGGAUUUAGUCCUCGUAGAAGAGCUGGCGAAAAAUGGAGGCAUUGUUCUGGAUAAGAUGGGAAAGCCUCGAUUGUUAGCAAAGCAGCUGGACUACAUGUUUCAGAAACCGCCUGUUUCGAGUACUAGGAAUGUUGAUAGAGGAACAGGAACAUCAUCUUCAGCAGCAUCAGUAGGACCUUCUAGUGCCAGACUGCAAACACCGAACAUGACUACAAGCAGAAGUACUGGAGGAGGUGGAGGUGGUGGAGUUUCUUCUGCUACAAGAAAUAUUGGAGAAGUCGUGUUUCCACCAACUAUAACUCCCGCUCGUCCUAGGGAUCCCUCAAGGAGUGAGCACACGAUGGAGUAUUCCCUUGCUGGUCGUUCCAAAUUCUUGCCUCCCGGCGCUUACGAACAUCGCACGAUAUCUCCGAUGUACUCCCCUAUGCUCCCAACUGGUGUAUCGUUAGCAGACCUUGACCAGUCUCAACUAGCGCAGAACGACGUGAUCGAUCCUAGCUCUCUUUAAGGCUUCUCCCAAUCCAUCUCGUGGAGCAUCGAUCUUGGAGAGGCUUGUUUUCAAUAGGAAAAAAGUCGCAGGAUGAUCUUCAGGAUGGUUUCGGGUCAGCUCCAAUCUGUACAUCCGAGACGCCCACCCUUCGAUAGGUAUCCAGGUGGUGGGAAGAUCUUUUUGAGAGCGUCGGGAGGCGCUACUUCGUCCCCUACUUCCGCGCAAGUUGGAGAAGAUAAUUUCAACGAAAAGAAGUUCAUUCCUCUUCCAGAACAGCUAUACGUCCGUGACGCACGUGGCAACUUCGCGCGCGUUCCACAGAGGACGUUCAGUCGCCUUAGUGUCAGUGGCAGCUAUGUUGAGGAUCCGGCAGGUGCUUAUGUCCAGAAAAGCGCAUCAUCAGCUGGAACCGGAAGUGGCCCUUCUUCUAAUAGUGUCACGCAGACCUCCUUCUACGCAAGAUUACCAGAAAUCCUCUACUUCAAGAGAGGUGCUCCUGAUGGAAGUUGUAGAGAUCUGACAACUACUUCUGCUACGUCUGCUUUCGAGCCUAUUCCUGACGUAGUAUAUGUCCGUGACGAGAACAAGACUGGGAAAUUUACACCAAUACGUCUCGGUAAAGAAGCGCAGUCUCAUCAAGCAAGCCGCACCGGGAGCAAGUCAAUCACCCCUGCCCCUUUAGCCACAGCGAGCACGACAACUCUCACAGUCGCUCGCCCUCCUGACGGCACUUUCCUACGCGAUGAAAAGACCGAAACGUAUUUUCCAGCACCGAAAGAGAUAUUCUACCGUGAUGCUCAGACAGGGUCAGUCAAAGCAGUUCCGACAGAGACGUUUGCUCGCCAUGAUGAUGGUGUAUUUAGGAGAGAUGUUUGCGGUCCUUACACCAGAGCAAAUAAUAACACAACAUCCACAUCAUCUUCCAACUACUUUCACAAGCUUCCAGACACCUUGUUUUACAAGAAGCGUGGGGCAUCAGGUGUCGAGUACUUUGAGGAAUUACCGUGGACAUUCUACAAACGUAAAGCAGAUGGAAACUAUGUUCCGGAAGCACGUCGGAGAAAAGAUCCAGUUGCAGCUAGCGCUUCAUCGGGUAACGCUCGAACUUCCAGAAGUAGCAUGCUGCAACCAGCAGGGUCUUUUUCAAGUAGUACAACUAGGUUGCAGACUGUCGAAGAACAAGCAGCUGAAAUCGAUGCUGAACAAGACAGUCUCAACAUUGUGAAACGCGACCAAGGGAUUGGAAGCGCUCCUCGAGCUGUGCACCCAGCCGCAGCAGCCACUCCAUCGGUGGGAGUCUCCUUCUCCCUACAAGAUCAGCCACAGCGCAGCGCCUCUUCAUCUUCCUCUCUGUUGAUACAACAACAACCACCUCCACUAGUACUACCGUUCGUGCAAUCUGUACCACCUCCUAAUGCCUACACUAGGAAUCGGGAUGGGACGUAUAGUCGGCUUCCGGAUGAUAGAUACGUCAAAACGUCGGAGGACGAUGGACACUUCGAGAAAAUCACUCCUGAGAAGCUAAUAUCGUUGUCGACUCCACCGUCUGGUUCUGACAGCAAGAGCAAUUUGAAAAUAACCGGUAGUAUCUUCUUCCCAAUCUCCACCGCUUCAGCUGUCGAUGUCUUUGCCAAGAGCAAGAACGGCAGCUUCUUGCGUAUCCCUGAUGACACCUACUCUCGCAGUGCUUCUGGAGGUGGUGGCUUCGUCAGAAACGCAUCCACACGUGUGUGGAAAAACCCUAGCCGAAAACAAAUCCAAGAAGUGCCUUCUGCGUCAACCUCCAUAGUGGUCGAUCUGGACGAAGCAGAGUUCUUGUUGCCAGCAAUGCUAGAAGACAACGAUGCAAAAGAAAACACGAAGAUUGUCGUUGUCAAUGAAGAACGAGACGUUGAUGCUCCUGUAGUUGAUCCUGUUGUAAAAACAAGAACUAGCAAGGUGGACAAGGAGAACGAGCAUCAAUCACAAUCUCAACCUUCUUCCUCUUCAAGAUCCCCAUCGGCCUCUCGCACACCACGUUCUCGUGAGCAAAAGAGACGGAUGGAUCGCAUGCUUAGGGAAAAAUCUUCAACCCUCGACGAACUAAUGGGUGGUGGAACAAAUACCUGCUCUAGUUUCGCCAGUACUAGCGACGCUGACUCCUUCGUCGAAGGUUUGAUGUACAACGUAGCUAGUGCGAAGAGCACAGUUUUGAAACGAGGUGGGAGUGGAGGCAUAACUUCUAAAAGGGGAACAUCAAGAGAUACAGCAGGUCAACAAAACAACAGGCAAUCCGUAGUAGAGGAUGACCUUGAUGUAGCCGAUUGGUUAUCGGACACAGCUAGUUCGGUAGCUUCUUCGGGUGCAGGUGCUUCGACUAGGAGACGGAGUAGAACCAAGAACUUACUGAAGAACAAGGACCAGACACCAGCAACGUCUUCGAAGAACGAUAUUGAAGAAGCACCAGCAGGACCCAGUAAACCCAACAGGAGUUCUAGCCGUCCUCUCUCUGGGGUAUCUUCAUCUAGUUCCCAAAUAGUCUGUGGAGGUGGUACGUUUGCAGGCUCACUACAAAGGCUAGAGAAAGCUGUGGACGCUCUCCGGUCGAUGAAACGGGCAGAAGCAUCAAGUUCUGUACAACUACGACAUGGGCAAAAGCCGUCGAAGGGGACGAGUGAGCAAGUGGAAAAUGAGUUUUAUGAAGUGAUGAGAACUUAUAUAUUUAUUAGUGUGUGAUGUUAAUGACUUACUAAUGAAAGCGGCUACAAUCUAAACAAUUCAUCACUCUUCUUACUAGCUUGGAGCGUCCGGCAACAUCCCUCCCACUAGGAUCCCCCUCCUCCCCAAAAUAAGAAACUAAGCACGGCAAAGAUGUAAACGAUACGCGUUUUCAAAUUUCGAAAAUUUUCCACGUUUUGCCUUCGUUUGGGGAUUGAAUCUCGUGCGUUUGAAGUGCUAAGGUCCCAAAGCUUUUCGACUGUAAGGCCUUACUAUUCCCUGCAAUUCAAUUUCUUGGAUUUGCAUUCUUCAAAUUUCGAAAAUUUUCCACAUUUUGCCGCCGUUUUGGGGUUGAAUUUUGUGCGUUUGAAGCGCUAAAGCCGCAAAAUUUUUGAUUUUAAGCCCUUUCCUUGGAAUUCAAUUUCUUGGGUUUGCAUUUUUUAAAUUUCGAAAAUUUUGCGCAUUUUGUUGCCGUUUUGGGAUUGAAUUCUGUACGUUUGAAGUGCUAAAGGCCCAAAAUUUUCAUGACUUGCGUUUCUACUUCAUCUGAGACAGCGGAAAUUUCUCAGUAGGACUAACUGGAGGACUUUUCUCCCUAGCUUAGAACUAGUUGAGACUGCGAUAGUAAUAGAAAAAGGCACUCGAAGGGCUGUUCCUGGACUCUCCUCCGCGAAACCAGUCUCCGGCGUUUCUGAGACCACGGGACUGAAAAAGUCUCAUACCCGCCGCGGACUUCAGGACUCUUAGACUGCUGAGUCCUGAGGUCCGCCGCGGACCCCAGAAAUCUCAAAGGCCCCUGUGCCUGUGGAGAACCCGUCUCAGGCAUUUUUGGGACUCAAAAAUGCCUCCAUGGGACUCAAAAAUGCCUCAUGUCCGCCGCGGACCUCAGAAAUCUCAUCGCGGCCCUCUGUGAGGAACCAGUCUCAGGCGUUUUUGAGUCAUGGGACUCAAAAAUGCCUCAUGUCCGCCGCGGACCUCAGGAUUCUGAGACUGCUCAAAAUCCUGAGGUCCGCGGCGGACCUCAGGGGUUUUCCCUGUCCUCGGACAGACCGAGUCGACCCUACUGGGCCUGUCUGAGGACAGGAAAAACCCCUGAGGUCCGCCGCGGGCCUCAGGAUUCUGAGCAGUCUCAGAGUCCUGAGGUCCGCGGCGGACAUGAGGCUUUUCUGAGUGUUGUGGACUCAAAAAUGCUUGAGACUGGUUCUUCUCAAGGGCCUUUGAGAUUCCUGAGAUCCGCCGCGGACCUCAAAACUGUGAGACUGCUUAUAGCCCUGAGGUUCGCCGCCGCCGCGGGCAUGGGUGUCUGCUACGCCAUUUUCUGUUGGGGCUCUGGGGUGAUGAGUGUUUUUUUAGGAGCUUGAGAUGGAGUUAUUGCGGGUGGUGGAGGCGAGCGCCAACGAUCUGGCAGUUGGGGAGGGCGCUCCUUGGCCGAUUCUUGUGGAAUCUAAUCACAGGUUGUCCCUCUGAGUUGCUGAGGGGUUAACCUGGUGCCCCCUCUAGAAAUAGCCCAGUCCUAUGCACUGGGAAGCUUCCGCUGAAUUGAGAUGCAUUUCCACUAGUCAUGAAAAUUUUCGAUUUUAUUUAAGCCCUUUCCCUGAGAUUCAAUCCCUUGGCUUCAGGUUUUUUAAUUUCGAUAAUUUUCCACGUUUUUCGUCGUUUUGAGAUUGGCUCUCGUUAGUUUGAAGUGUUAAGAUCCCAAAGUUUUUGACUUUGAGCCCUUUCCCUGAAAUUCAAUCCCAUGGCUUCGCGGUUUCAUCUUCAUGGUUUUCCUGGUUCCCUGGUUUCGUGGUUGGUUUCGUGGGUUCAUGGGUUUGGGGUUUGUUUGUUUUUGUGUCGGAGGUUGUGGGUUUGCGUGUUGGAGGUUGAGGCUUCGGAGGGGAAGCGUUUGCAAAGUUUUACUGCUCUUAGUACUAGCUUGGGGCGUCCGAUAACAUCCCUCCCACUAGGAUCCCCGUCCUCCCCAAAGGAAAGAAACUUCCUAAGCACGGCAAAGGUGUAAGCGGUGCGCGUUUUUCAAAUAAUUUCGAAAAUUUUCCACGUUUUGCCAUCGUUUGAGGAUUGAAUCUCGUGCGUUUGAAGUGGGUGCUAAGAUCCCAAAGCGUUUCGAUUUUAUGCCCUUCCCCUGAGAUUCAAUUUCUUGGAUUUGCACCUUUCAAAUUUCGAAAAUUUUCCACGUUUUGUCGUCGUUUUGGGGUUGGGUUUUGUGCGUUUGAAGCGCUAAAGCCCCAAAGCUUUUGACUUUAAGCCCUUUCCCUGAGGUUCAACCUCUUGGGUUUGCAUUUUUCAAAUUUCAAAAAUUUUCCACAUUUUGUCGCCGUUAUUUUGGGACUGAAUCUCGUGAGUUUGAAGCGCUAAGAUCCCAAAACUUUUGACUUUCAGCCCUUUCCCUGGCAUUCAAUUCCAUGGCUUCGUGGUUUCACGGUUUCACCUCACGGCUUCGUGGUUUCCUGGGUUCGUGGGUUCAUGGGUUCUGGGGUUUUGGGUUUGUUUGUUUUUGUUUCGGAGGUUGUGGGUUUGGGUGUUCAAGGUUGAGGCUUCCGAAGGGAAGUGUUUGCAAAGUUUUACUGCUCUUAAUAUUAGUGUGUGAUGUAGAUGCUGACGCAGCUGUCGAACUACACCAGCAGAAGAUAUUUCGUAAGUUGUAUAGGAUAUAUCCUCUCCUUAUCAGCUACGACUACAACUUGCUAGGAAGUGGAAAUUUGUUUUUCAUCAAGCGAAACAAAUUAUCUUCUACUUCCUGCUGCAGUUGGUGCUCGACGUGCAGUAAGAUCGUCUCAAAAUCAGGGACAACAGCGGACACCUUUUAAACGUAAACCACACUAAGUUUAUACCAGUAAAGCUACUAGCUUGGAGCGCCCGAUAACAUCCCUCCCACUAGGGUCCCCCUCCUCCCCAAUAAAGUAAGAAACUAAGCACGGCAAAGAUGUAAGCGAUAUGCUUCCUCAAAUUUCGAAAAUUUUCCACGUUUUGCCAUCGUUUGGGGAUUGGGUCUCGUGCGUUUGAAGUCAAGGGCUAAGAUCCCAAAACUUUUUGACUUUCAGCCCUUUCGCUGAAAUUUAAUGCCUUGGCUUCGCGUUUUUCAAAUUUCGAAAAUUCUCCCCGUUUUGUUGUCGUUUUGGGAUUGAGUUUUGUGCGUUUGAAGCGCUAAAGCCCCUAAAUUUUUGACUUUCACCCCUUUCCCUGAGAUUCAGCCUCUUGGAUUUGCAUUUUUCCAAUUUCGAAAAUUUUCCACAUUUUGUCGCCGUUUUGGGAUUGAAUUCCGUGCGUUUGAAGUGCUAAGACUCCAAAGCUUUUGACUUCAAGCCCUUUCCCUGGGAUUCAAUCUCUUGGCUUCGCGUUUUUCCAAUUUCGAUAAUUUUCCACGUUUUUCGUCGUUUUGGGAGUGAAUCCCGUGAGUUUGAAGCGCUAAGAUCCCAAAAUUUUUGAUUUUAAGCCCUUUCCCCCGAAAUUCAAUGCCUUGGCUAUGGCUUCGCGUUUUUCAAAUUUCGAAAACUUUCCACAUUUUGUCGCCGUUUUGGGGUUGAGUCUCUUGAGCUUGAAGCGUUAAGAUCCCAAAAUUUUUGAUUUUAGGCCCUUUCCCUGAGGUUCAAUCUCUUGGCUUCGCGUUUUUCAAAUUUCGAAAGUUUUCCACCUUUUUCGUCAUUUUGAGAGUAAGUCCGGUGAUUUUGAAGGGCUAAGAUCCCAAAAUUUUUGAUUUUAGGCCAUUUCUCUGCGAUUUAAUUCCUUGGAUUCGCGCUCUUCAAAUUUCGAAAAUUUUCCACGUUUUGUCGUCGUUUUGAGAUUGAGUCUCGUGAGUUUGAAGCGUUAAGAUCCUAAAAUUUUUGACUUGAAGCCCUCUCCCCCGAAAUUCAAUUCCAUGGCUUCGUGGUUUCUUGGUUUCGUGGGUUCGUGGGUUCAUGGGUUCAUGGGUUUGGGGUUUGUUUGUUUUUGUGUCGGAGGUUUUGGGUUCGGGUGUUGGAGGUUUUGGGUUUGGGUGUUCUUGGAGGUUGAGGUUUCCGAAGGGAAGUGUUUGCUAAGUUUUAUUGCUCUUAAUAUUUCGUAUAAGUUGUAAAGGAUAUAUCCUCUCCUUAUCAGCUACAACUACAACUUACUAGGAAAUGGAAAUUUGUUUUUCAUCAAGCGAAACAAAUUAUCUUCUACUUCCUGCUGCAGUUGAUGCUCGACGUGCAGUAAGAUCGUCUCAAAAUCAGGGACAACAACGGACACCUUUUAAACGUAAACCACACUAAGUUAAUACUAGUAAAGCUAUUAUAGAAAGCGAAAGCCUGCGACUACUGCUAGGCAGCCUGCUAGGCUCUUCUAACAUUAGGAGUAGGUUAAAGGUGCUUCUCUUACCGCUUUUUAUGCUUCUCCUAAGGGAGAAGAGCAUAACAAGCGGGGUAAGCGAGCACCAAAAGCCUACCUCUAAUAACACUCCCACAUGCGCGCGAGCGAUGAGUCCUUUUUCGAUCCCUUUUCGGAGUACAAAGGCACAGUCGAUGAGACGACGGAAAAGAGGGCAGCUAUGGACUUAGCCGCAGAGAAUUCGCCUUUGUCCCAGCUAUUGAAAGAAACGAAGCAAGAACGUACUCGUUUUUUGAUGUAGAAGAACUAACGUACUACGUGGAUUAGGAAGCUCAUAUUAUAAUCAAUGUUGAUGAAGAAGAUGUUGUUGUGUUUGAAGAUGAAUUGAAUCAUUAAGAUAGUAAUUGUUCCACGAAAGCUAAUAAGACCUCUUAUUUACUACUCGCAACGGUAGAGCACAGAGGUGCCAUGACAUGACAUAACUGUCCCAGUAUCAUCUUCCAUUUAGUUCCCGCCUAGGGACUGGUCUCAGCGUUGAUUUGGCAGGUCAAAUCGGAGACAUCAAACGCCGAGACCUCUCCCUUUCUGUGUCACUGUUUUGAAUCUACUCGACACUGACUCCAAGAAAUACAUCCAUUCACUCCUUCAGCAGUCUCCUCCAUCCGUCCGGAUCUUGGCACGACCUCCCGUCCUAGACCAGCUGCACGUGGUGGAGAUAGGCCUGCUGAGAACUACACCUCCACCAGCCCUUUGAGCAAACUCUUGACCCUUGACAACGCUCAAGUCGCGAGAAGUUCAGUCCAGAUACUCAGCUAUCCGGAUAGACAACGGGGUGUCGAGUGGUCUGGUCACCCACAUCCUCCAUCUACUUCAAGUAUAAAACCAACACCAGCAAUUGUUCACACUAGUCAACAUCUCCAGCAGCACAGCAGUAACCUGAGUUCCCUCACUGACGCUCCACCGAGCGUCCGCGACACCGUCCUGCCGCAGCUCCGGCAGCAAGUCCUAGAAGCCGAGGGCUUGUCGGAGGAUAUAAGAACGCAGUUGUUGGACAUAUUUAGACCGCCAGAACAGUUGCACAGUACUAAACCGAGCGCGAGUGCUGGAGCUGCGACCACGAGAAACAUUGGAAUUGGUGGUGUAGCGUCUCCACCUAGUACUACAGGAACAGGAGGAGGUGCCUUUGGAGGAACCAGAGGACGCUCUUCCUUUGGGAGAGGACCUUUUUCCUGAACCAGUCUGCGUGUUUCUCCUUAUAUUCUUUUGCACUACACGGGCAAGAAUUACAACCGACGACACGGAGAAAGAGAACAACGGAGAUUCGUUCACAGCAACACAAACAACUAGAAACUGAUCUCGUUAUUCAAUGAGUACUUGACCUACUUGCUUGAUCAGAAAACCUUAUGAUCUUCGACAUUUGCCUUGUUUGUUUCCACUCGAAAAAGUGUCGUGAGAAUGUCAAUAGUACCCGUUCAAGCAAAUAAGUGUGGCGAAAACCUUACAAGAACGAAGUGGAAAUGGUUUAUAUAAGAUAGAAGUUCUUGAACUUGAAACCUGAAGUGCAUAUAUGAUAUAUCAGUGAAGAAAGUGUGGCUUCGAUGACGCCAUGAGCAAUUACUUUCAGACAUCCUUGAGAAUGACGACGAAAGUCAUCUUUCAUGGGAAGAUUCCUACGUAUACCCAAAUGAUGAAAAGCGUGUCCUCUAGGAGGACAGAUUGAAGUAACAGCAAGAUGCACAUUUCAAAUUCAAAGGCAUGAAGAUUCCAGUAAAAGAUAUCGGUACACUCGGUUCCAUCGGCUAGUAGUUUGCCACGACUGAACUCAUCGGUUGCUGAAAUUGCCAAGAGAAUAAAAAACUUGCAUAUGAAUAUUAUACCCUACACCCAAGCCCUAAAAAGCCCUAAUUUCACUCAGUAUCCGUAAAAACUCGGUCAUUUUCAGUAGUUGUAGUUACUCGCUUAUUUCACCAGUUUGUCGAAUGUCUAAGGACCGUAAUCCUCCUCAAGAAUUCUCUUUGAAGAAUUGCUGUAUUUAUUUUACAGUAAAUCUAAAUUAAACGAGGAGUCCCAUGCUUUUCUUUCUUGCUUCUAUCUUUGACUGCCAGUGUUCCACCCUAAAAAUAAGGCUGCCGCCUAUAAAUUCUCCCCGUCUGUCACUUUCGUGGUUCUGUGUUACUCUCCUUCCUUGCGCGUAUGUGUGGUUGAGGCUUGCGACUGGUUUGAGCGAAUUCUAUCUGUGAGUAAUGCAUCUGGGAGAGCAACAAUGAAGAAGAG